CCCGCACCCAGGGCUUCCCUCCUGGGCUAUACAGCUCAAGACAGGCCGAGAAACCAUGUCCUCAUCCAUGGCUGCCUUCUUCUGUCUUGGGCUGUGUCUGGGGCAGGUGAUACAGGCUCAGAAAGGCCCACUGCCCAAGCCCUCCCUCCAGGCCCGGCCCAGCUCCCUUGUGCCCCUGGGGAAACCGGUGACCAUCAGCUGCGAGGGCCCUCCAGGCGCGGACUUGUACCGCCUGGAGGAACUGAUAUCCCGGAAGUAUUUGGACCAGGCGGAGCUCUCCAUCUCAGCCAUGGAAAAACGCUUCGUUGGACGCUACCGCUGCUCCUAUCAGAGCGGGAACAGCUGGUCUCCCCCCAGCAACCAGCUGGAGCUGGUUGCUACUGGAGUUUUCACCAAGCCCUCGCUCUCAGCCCAGCCCAGCACGGCAGUGGCCCCAGGAGUGGACGUAACUCUACGGUGUCAGAGCCAGUAUAGUUUUGACCAAUUUGCUCUGUACAAGGAGGGGGACACUGGGCCCUACAAGACACCUGACAGGUGGUACCAGGCUGAUUUUCCCAUCACCACGGUGACUGCUGCCCACAGCGGGACCUACCGAUGCUACAGCUUUUCCAGCAGAUCUCCAUACCUGUGGUCGGCCCCCAGCGACCCCCUGGAGCUCGUGGUCACAGGGACCUCUUUUACCCCCAGCUGGUUGCCUACAGAACCACCUUCCUCUGUAACAGAAUUCUCAGAAGCCUCCAAGAAACUGAACCACUCACUCGUGAACGAAGUUUCCACCACUGAAACUUCUAGGAACAUCACCGUCCUUCCAAAGGAGUCAGACCCUCCAACUGGUCUUGCCUUCCAGUAUUACACUAAGAGCAAUCUGAUCCGGAUAUGCCUUGGGGCUGUGAUUCUAAUACUCCUGGUGGGGCUUCUGGCAGAAGAUUGGCACAGUCGAAAGAAACCCCUGAUGCAUCGGGUCAGAGCUGUCCACAGGCCGCUCCCACCCCUCCCUUAG